AUGGCGAACGGGAUGCCCAGAUCUGGGGCCUUUGAGGUGUAUAUCCGUCAGCAGUGGUGCCCUGUCAGCGUCACUUUAAACGAAGAAUCCGUCACUUUGACGUUGACAGAAAACCCUGAUCAGGCCAAUGGUAAUGGUACACAUGGGCCGCCUGUAGAUGCAGGACACGGUCUAGUCAAUGGUAGUGCCGACUUGCCCGAGUCGAUUACGGGUCAGAAACGUUAUGUGAAGGUCAUAAAAGAGGAGCAGCAUGGGCUAGGCAUCAGCAUCAAAGGUGGAAAGGAAAAUCGCAUGCCUAUCCUUAUCUCUAAAAUAUUUAAGAAUAUGGCGGCAGACAAAACUGAGAAACUCUAUGUUGGCGAUGCUAUAUUGUCAGUUAAUGGUGAAGAUCUGAGAGAUGCAACACAUGAUGAUGCAGUUAAAGCCUUGAAGAAAGCUGGGAAAGUUGUCGAAAUGGAAGUGAAAUAUUUAAGAGAAGUUACCCCGUAUUUUCGCAAGUCAUCUCCUCUGAACGAAUUGGGCUGGGGCACUCAAGACUCAGCGCAGAAAGAAGGUGCCAAAGCCAACUGGUCUGAAACCAAAAUCCUGCCUUUAAAAAUGUGCUACCUGUGCAGAAACUUAACUUAUUCAGAUCCAGAAAAGAGAAGUUUAGAGUUACAUUCUCCUGAUGGCAAAGGCAUAUGUAUUCUUCGCUUUCCCGACCCUGCCACGGCUUCUGAUUGGUUUAAUGCCAUCCAUUCAAAUGUUAUGAUGCUGACGAAACAAGCAAUAGAUGAUGCAAAUGAAAUGUUGAGGUCUGCACCAAAUCAGCAUGAGAUCAGACACAUGGGAUGGUUGUCUGAACAGCUUCCUGGCGAACAAGGUACUCCAAUCUGGAAGCCAGUAUUCAUGGCACUAACAGAUAAGGAUAUACUGCUUUAUGAUACUGCACCGUGGAGUAAAGAGGAGUGGGCUACUCCAUUCCAGUCUCAUCCCUUACUGGCAACACGGCUUGUCCACUGCGGUAAGCAGAGUAAUCAGAUGGUUGGCGCAGACGUGUUGUCUUUUGGAACAAGGUCAGGGUCACGGAGCGGUGUGGAGGUUCACAUUUUCAGAGUGGAAACUCAACGAGAUUUGGCUUUUUGGUCCCGGGCAUUAGUUCAAGGGUCACAUGGAGCGGCCCUCAUCACAAAGCAAGUGUCGUGUUCGGUUGUGUGGAAAAACAAGAAAUGCAAGUUGACAGUCCACUAUGAUGAUGGCUUUACACUUAGAGAAGAGCAGGAUGGAUCAGAAGGAGAAGUUCUUUGGGCUCAUCCAUUUGAAAAUCUGCGGAUGUCUUCGGAUGAUGGCCACAGACUGUUAUGGUUAGAUUUUGUUGAUAUAGGAGAGCAAGAAUUGGACCUCAAUACCUGUCCCAAGCCUAUUGUAUUUGUCAUACACACGUUUCUGUCAGCCAAAGUCAGUCGAAUGGGAUUGAUAGCUUGA